GUUGAGGACAAAGUGAAGGAGGCAAAACAAAAAUGGCUCUCCAGCAGCUUCUGUGUGGUGUAACUGUGAUGAUCACAAUCUUCUCCAAAGGUUGUGUAUCACAGAGUCUUGGAUGCGGCGUGGCUCCUCUGAACACCAGAAUUGUGGGAGGUCAAGAUGCGGCGCCAGGAAGCUGGCCCUGGCAGGCCAGUUUGAACAGUGAUGGCUUUCCCUUCUGUGGGGGGUCACUGAUCAACAACCAGUGGGUGCUGACAGCUGCUCACUGCAUAGUGGGGUCUCAAGAGGAGAUAACGGUUUAUCUGGGCCGCUACAACCAGUCUGGUCCAAACGUCAAUGAAGUGUCACGCACAGUUGCUCGGUACGCUUGCCACCCUUCCUACGACACCCUGACCUUGGACAACGACAUAUGUCUUCUGAUGCUGUCGGCCCCUGUGAAUUUUACUAACUACAUACAGCCAAUUUGCUUAGCCGCAGAAGGCAGCACUUUCCACAAUGGGACGAGCAGCUGGGUCACUGGUUGGGGUGAUACCGUGGAAAAUGGUUUUUCCUCAGCCGAGACCCUACAGGAGGUUAAUAUACCAAUAGUGGGAAACAAACAGUGCCAAUGCUACCACAGCUUUACUAUCACCGAGAACAUGAUCUGUGCUGGUAUCAAAGCUGGAGGGAAAGAUUCAUGUCAGGGAGAUUCAGGAGGCCCAAUGAUGAGCAAAGACGGUGCAAGGUGGGUCCAGAGUGGAGUUGUGAGUUUUGGUGACGGCUGCGCCCGGCCUAAAUCACCCGGAGCCUACGCCCGAGUGUCCCAGUACGAGGAGUGGAUCAAGAACGUCACCAGCAGCAACAAACCAAGCUUUGUUACCUUCACCUCUGAAGGAGCUGACUCCGACUCCAACUUCACCUGUCCAACACCUCGACCAACACUACCACCCUUCAGAACCACCACGGAUGAUGAGAGCAUAUUUGGCGGUGGUGAUAAUGUGAUGGCUCACUUCACCUCGCUCUUUGUCCUUUUUCUGUCGCUGUAUGUACUGGUUGGUUUUGCAUAAUGUGAAACUAUGUGCAAUUUAAGAUUCCUGUGCCCGCAUAUCUAAUUCACUGUUUGGCCACGAGGGCUCUUCUUAUUGUAUCAAGUACAAAAACAUUUUUUACACAUUAAUGAAGCACUUAUAAUCACAAAUGGGAUUACUUGACUGGUUUGUCUUCGAUAAAAUUCUAUGUUAGAAAUCUAUAUUCUUAUAUAAUGAUUUGAUACAGGGUAGGCAGCUUAAAGAGGGUUUGUCAGAGCUUUCUUUCUUUUUUUGGUGAAAACAGCUGUAUCUUGAUAGAGGGUUGAUGAAAGCAAUGAGACUUUGACCCAAAACAAUAAAGCUGCAGAUUGUAAAACAAUGACAACAAGGUGAAACCAGUAGGGGGAACUGCAGUGGGGUUGACACUGUGAGAACCUUUUUAUUAUCAUUAUUAUCGCAAUUUUUCACUCAAAUAAAGUUAAUUAACACACUUGGACACUCAA